AUGUUGAAUGAGCAGUGGCGACACUUUUUUGAUCAGCCAUCGUUACCUCUGAUCACGUCAUUCCAAAGAUUCAUACUCACACAUCAUGUGGAUUUAGGAACAGCUAUCAUGACGGUUAUAACAAAUCGCAUUAACAAUCUCGCAAACAUCGGCUGCACUGUUAUACUCACUAGCUGUACAGUACAAGAGGAUGAUGAGAAAAAUGAACUCUACAGGAGCUGGGUACAGCAAAUGCAUGGUCGAGUAAUACUGAGAAAAGAAAAAGGAGACGUGAGGACUGUCUGUUCCUCGAAGGUGGGUCAAUUAAUGUUAGAUCUAGUCCGUACCAUACUCUGGUGCUUACUUUUUUAGGU